AUUGACAGAUUUUUUGAAAAUGAGUUUUCGUCCCCUUACUCAAGAUUACAUCGAUGCGGUUACUCUUCCAGCCAACAUCGCUCCAGUCUCUUCACCAUCUGCCGCCAUCCAGAGGCUCCUAUCCAAGCGCGAAAAGAGCCACAAUGCCGUAGUUAGUUUCAUCAAAGACGAAUUCCGCAGACACGAUCUCGAACUGGAGGAAGAAAUGAGGAAAGAGAGUGUGCGUCUUCUGGAAACUCUGGAAAAGAUCAAGAAUGAAGUGAAGAAUGAGACGAAGGUUUUCAAUUACGAGAAAGAAGAAUUGGUUGGUCUGGACCCAAGCAUUUUCCGGACUUUGCCGCUACGGGUUCAUGAGUUCGACGAGAAGAGGUUUAAGAUUAUUGAUGAGCACUACGAGAAAUUGAAGGCGUUGGAGAUGGAGAGGUCGAAACGUUUCAAGGGGGUAUUGAAUGAGGCGUAUCGGAAGAUGGAGAAGAUUUGCCACUUGUUGCCUUACGAUUUGAUGCAGUAUUUCGAAAAUGAAAUUGUGAAACUGAACGAAAUUACGAUGAACAACUACCGCUACUACUCGAAGAUCCAGUCAGACCUCAAGCUACAAAUUCAGGAAGACUCCCGCACCUUCCACCUGGAACUAACCGUAGCCAAAGAGCGCCACAGGAGAGCCCUGAAAUGGAUAAAAGUGAAAGGAGUUGUAGGUUUCUAUAAACCCGGCCACUUGACCGGCAUGGCAGUGGAAGAUCUCAACGAACCUUCUUUCGCCACGGGCUUGCCACUCACCGCCGACGAUGUAGGAAUAUGGUCGAAACACAUCCAGAAAACUCUAGACGAACUAGACUCCAACUCCAGGAAACUCAUAAAUAUGUACAAAGCGGCCGUAAUUCACAGUUUCAACCGCUUGUUUGAACAGAUGAAGAACGUGAUGAACGUACUUUUGGAAGAUGAACCCGCGAGCACGAUUCUAAGUGACACAACAUAUUUGAAGGACGAUAUGUACAAAGACAUCGCCAAUGAUAUAGCACAAACGUAUCAGUGUGAUAUGGCAGACUUGAAGGAUUUAUGGAACACCGUGACGAUCUACAUGGAAUCCAACAUCCAGAACACUUACUUCUUCCUCAACGGCACCUCCCACCUCUGGGACCCCCACUUCGCCCGAGUCCAGGAGUUCACCCAGCUGGUAUUCCAAGACUUGAGGCUAGUGAUAGAAAAGCACGACCAAGCCGCCUGCAGCUUCGACAAGAAGAUCAACACCACGUUAGACAAGCUCCGGGAGGACUCCACCAUCGAAAAACUCAACGAGCAUCUCCGAGAAGCCAACAAAUUCACGGAUUCCAUCGGGAAAUUGUACUAUUCGCAGUGCGACGCCGAAAUCCAAGUUCUACAGAAGUACCAGAAGUUCAUGGACCAAGAAAUCGACUUCUUGAUAAGCGAAAUCGACAGGUUUUUGAGUGAGAGUGGGAAGAAUACCAACAUUCGGGAAAAAAGGAGCUCGAGGUUAGAGGAUCUGAAGGACGAGUCGAACGAAGAAGUGCCCGUGGAGAAUCCCCAGGAUGAACUGAUCCCGCACCAGAUGAAAGCGUGUCAGUUCCAGGUGGAAGCUGUUAAUAACUGGAUGUUUGGGUUAUGGGAGGCGAUUCGUCGCUAUAUGGAGACUUGUCGCAAAGAAUUAACCUCUCAAACGAAUUAUUGGGUGGAAACGACGUCAGUGAAGCUGAAGAAACGACGGGAGGUGAGACAGGCGUCCCAUGAACCUCGCUACCAUAGAAUAAAGACCGCGAUUUAUGACGCCAGGUUGAAGGAAAUCAAUGAGCACCAAGAAGGUCUAAACAGAGUGGAGGAGAGGAUCAAAAAAUACCUAGUGGAUUCGUCUAGUUUCACCUACCUCUGCGAAGAAAAUCGCGUUCAAAUAAUUCAAGAGUACGAACGGUUCCUCAGAGGGAUCGAGGAAAAGCUGCAACGAGCCAAAAAGAGCUACGAAGUUGCUGCCUGCAUCGAACAGACGAAACACGUGGGUGAUGAGGUCAUAAAGAAGAUUGAAGGAACUUUUACUGAGAAUUUUAAAGUGUUGGAGGAGAAUAGGAAGAAGAUUGAUAAGGUUAUUUGUCGUUUUAACGCCUCCAUCAAGUUGUUUGCAGAAGGUGGUGACUAUAGUCGGGAUGAGGCGAAGUUGUUUAACAAGAGGAUUCUGAAGAUAAAGAAGACGGUGCCGAAGAAGUAUAAGAAAAUUAUGGCGGAGUAUAACGCUAUGAAGAAUGAUACGACGCAGAAAUUUAUUAAGUCACAAGCUGCCAUUUUGGCUAGGUUGGACCACUCCAAGGUGGAAUUCGAGCACAACGAAAAAAUCUGUGAAAAAAUCAAACUCCUACAAAACAAAAUCCGCAGAGCCGCCUACGACACAAAAUUCAAACUCCACAGAAUAGACGCCUGCAUCGACUACUACUCAGAAGUAUCAAGAUUCGAGAUCUGGAAACGCAAACACUUCGAACUCAUGAAGGACGCAAUUCAAGAGUGUCUGCAGAAAAUCGAAGAAAUGACGAACAUUUUAAUCAACGCAAAAAAUCGUGAUAGUGGUGAAUAUUUAAAUCAACUCAACGAUCUGAUUAUGGACUCGUUUAGAGAAAUAUAUAGAAUAUCCAAAAAUUUCUACGGAUCGCAUGGUCCCGUUAUCAACAGAGACAGGAUCCAUGAUAACGUCACUAGUUUCAUGGAUGAAGUAAAGAGGAAUUUUGAUGGGUUUCGCACCCAAGUCGAAAUCCACUGUUUGGAUUGUGUUCAAGAAUUGAUCAGUUUUGUGGUGAAAUUGUUAAAUGUUAAUGACGAGGUGUACCGUUACUUGUUGAAAAAAAUACCGGGUUUGAGUAAGGUUGAAGAAAGUGAAGAAGAAAGCGGCGAAGUGAGUAGGCAGUUGAGUGAAGAAUCUGUGGUGAUUGAAGAAAAGAAGAAGUUUUUGCAAGGUGAAGCGUUCGACCCUGCUGUGAAAGAGGUUAUCCUGAAGAAUAGAGGAAGAGUGCGAAUUCUGCACGUCACGAUGAUGAAGUUGCGAAAUAUCAUUGAAGACAAGGUGGCGCUGAUGGAAGAAAUGGUGCUCGAAGAAUCAGAAGAGUUAGAGUUUUCAAGCCCCCAAUAAAUAUGUAUAAAUUAA